UCCCCCAGCUUCCCCUUGCAUGGAAGGCGUUAUAAAUGCGGCGCGCCGCCUGAACGGAACUCAACGACGAGGCACCCAAGUUUGACUCGAAGAGGUUUCCUUGUAAUCGCCCGCUAGUAUGUGGCUUCUCCUAGUGGCGGUGGGCAGCCUGGGAGCGGGGCUGGCCUUGCCCUCGCCAUCUCCAGCGCCGACCCCCUUAGGCGCGCAGUGCCUGGGCUCCGCCUGCUUCAGUUUAUUCUGGACUUCCAGGAGCUUCGCCGAGGCGGCAGGCGUGUGCGAGGGAGGCGGCGGGCACCUCAUGACGGUGCGCUCCACGGUGGCGGCGGAGGCCAUAGCGCUGCUGCUGCGCGACCGCCUCGGCAGCGCGUGGCUCGGCUUGCGCCUACCCGAGAACGGCUGCGUCGAGCCGGCGAAGCGCCUGAGGGGAUUUCAGUGGGUGACCGGCGAUGAGCGCACGGACUUCGAGGCUUGGGACAGCAACGGCUCCCACGCAGCAGUGCCCACCUGCGGCCCCACGUGCGUGGUGGUGACUCGUCAACUGAGGUGGCAGGAGCGUGCCUGCGACGCCUCCGCUGAAGCGAUCCUCUGCGAGUACAACUAUCCGAACGGGACCUGCGGGCCUCUGCUUUUACCAGCGGCCUCGGCGGUCACUUACCUCACGCCCUUCGGCGCCCGAGAGAGCGACCUGGUGGCCUCUCCUCCGGGCACCACGGCGGAGGUGCCGAGUCUGGGUGCCAGCCUGGAGUGCCGCGCGCAGAGCAGCAACGGGUCGUUAGAAUGGGGUUCAGCCACACCUGGCGCCUGGGAUUGCCAGCUGCAAAAUGGGGGCUGUGAUGGUCAGUGUCAUUUGGACGAGCAAGGGAGACCCCACUGUGCCUGCCUGGAAGGCUGGACUUUGUUGGAGGACCAACGGAACUGCUGGUCCCCAUGUGCCAGUUUAGGAUGCCAGCAGCAUUGUGUGCCUCAAGGUGACUCUGGAAUCUGUAUGUGCUCUGAGGGUUAUGUGCUGCAUUCUGAUGGCAAGAGCUGCUUGGACAUUGAUGACUGCCAGGCCACACCAGGGCUUUGUGAACAGGAGUGCGUUAACACCCAGGGCGCAUUUGAGUGCCGCUGCUGGACAGGCCACGAGCUGGUGAAGGGCAAAUGCCUCCCAGAGAAAUGGUUGUGCUUUGAUUUAACAUGUGAACAUGAUUGCAACCUUGUUGAUGGAGAGUAUAAAUGCACGUGUUUUGAGGGCUAUAUUCCAGACCCCAAAAGUCCUCAUAAGUGUCUCCGAGUCUGUAACCAGACUGAAUGCGCUCCUCAGUGUGACCCAAACAAUAUAGACGAAUGCUUCUGUCCAGAAGGCUUUAUCUUGGAAGUGAAAAUAGAUGAGACAAAAGUAUGCACGGAUAUUAAUGAGUGUGAGUCUGGAUCCUGUGCUUCCCUGGAGUGCGUAAAUACUCCUGGCAGUUAUAACUGCAUCUGUCCCAAUGGACUUAUUCAAAAACUGGACAGUUGUGAACAGCCGUCAGAAGAACCAGAGGAGUCUUCAGGUGAAACUGAAGCUUAUCCCAAAACAUCUGUUGCUCCUUCUUUUGCCCCACCAAAGGAUGGCAGCAGUCGAGGGACAUUGGUUGCAAUCAUAGUUAGUGUCACGUUUAUGGUCGUGGUCUUAGCAGUUAUUAUCUGCUGCCAGGUGAAGAAACACUAUGCUGCACAAAGCACAGCGGACUACAAAUGUCAGCAGUCUGAAAGCGGUGUGGCGCUGCAGCAUGUUAGUCCAACUUGUGCCUCUUCCAGGCAGAAAAUGUAGGGAACCUUCAUUUGGGAAGAGGACAAGAGACAGAAAUCUUAAAAAUUGCAUGGAAAUGUUAAUAGACUUGGGGGAGAGUCUUGUGCAGAUGUCGUUUAAUUUAUAACUGCCUGCAUGAACUCUGAAGUAAUGUUUUCCCUUCAUUUCCUGAGAGUUAAUUGUCAUGCAGUGAGAGCAAUGUUAGUAUUGGGCACUGACUUACAGUGUGAAUCACACGUGUGCAGAGGAAUGGAGUUUGGGCUGCAUUUAUGCAGGAUUUCAGCUCUAACACUUCUUUUCUCCAGAUGCCACGUGAUUGGUUUAUUAUCUGUUCUAUCAGACAUGAUGCUGUCUGUGUUGAAGAUCAAGAUCCGCUGAAAUGGGAGAGAUAUUAAACUCCUCUCCUAAAAGUAUUUUUUUCUGGAAACUUCUGUUGUUAAAAUAUGUAUUUAUUAUUCACAGUUUUCACCUUGUUAACAUUAUUGGACAAUGAUUCUAUGUAUGAAUCCUGACAUAGCCUCUGCAUAUGGUGAAGGAGUUAGCUAUCAACUCAUGCCAAAUUAUCAAUUUAAUUUGCAACCCACUACAAUGCAGUCACCAUUCUCCCCCCCCCCCUUUUUUUUUUUUGUUGUUGUUACUGAUGUUGGCUUGGGAGAAUUUACCAUUAGAUUAGACUCUAGGUUUGUAAUACAAACUUUGUAUGCUGUCAAAGUAAUUUUGAGUACUUGCUGUUCUAAGCACACCUACUUUAUUGCAGUGUUGUUACUUUUUCCUUCGUGGUCUCCCUGUGAAAUUUUCUUUGUGUUCAUCUCUUUUUCAGAUUGUUCUAUUUGUUUCACAGGGGAUUUCUCUAAUUGCAAAACAUAUGACAUACCAGUUGGCACUUUGGACCUUUUAUUUAACUGGAUUAAAUUCCUUUCCCUCUUGUUUUGUUUUGUUUCUAAUACAAAGUCUCCACCAGUUUUAGUGGAAGCUGUAUCAUGACUUUCAGAUUUUCAGUACUGUAUUGGAAAGAGCUGGAGAAAAAUAUUGUAAUGCCUUAAUUUGAGACCCUCUUUUAAAAUUUUUGUUUAAGACAGUAAGCAUGGUAAAAAGAGCUUUAAACAGUUUAAAGCAAAUGGUAUCCAAUCAGCCCUAAAGCAAAAUCCAGCUAAAUGUAAACCCUUUGCAUUGAUUUCAUAGGCUGAACUGGAACUAAUUAGUACCUGAAGAGUUUUAUCGUAACUGGAUUCUGAUGUACUUUCUGUGAGUUGUGAUUUCAGCGCUGCAAUGCCUUCUCGGAAGUUUGCAAAAAAUGUUACAGACAUUGGUUGAAUGCUAUGGCCAUUUCUUCCUGAAGGAUUUACGUAUCUUCCAGUGUCCCCCAGCCAUUAGUGAAGCAAUAUAAAGCUUGUCUUUAUAACUGUUUUAUCAGCAGAGAAAUGGCUGGAUGAAAAUAUAAGGGACUAUGAAUCACUAGUGAGGAAAUGAUCAAAGUUGCUGUUAACUGGUUCAUGCAGUUCCAGUGUGAUAUUUUUGACACUUUAAAAUGUGGCUGUUUUAAUAAAUGAGAGCGAAUGA